GGGGUUGGGGGGAGGCAAGCGAGCCGGAUUGGCCCCUGCGCGCCACGUGUCCGACCCAGAGCCGCCGGCUGUCCUCCGGCCCGCCCCUGCGCUGCGGCUGCUGCUCGGCUAACGGGCUCCGACCCAGCAAGCUCCGCGUCCCCCAGUCCGUCCACUGCAAGAGGUCUCCGCCGUGCGUGGAUUCUGCUGCAGAACCUGAGACCAUGGCCAAACCAGCACAGGGUGCCAAGUACCGGGGUUCCAUUCAUGACUUCCCAAACUUUGACCCCAGCCAGGAUGCUGAGGCUCUGUACACUGCCAUGAAGGGCUUAGGCAGUGACAAGGAGGCCAUACUGGAGCUGAUCACCUCCCGGAGCAACAGUCAGAGGCAGGAGAUCUGCCAGAACUACAAGUCCCUCUAUGGCAAGGACCUCAUUGCUGACUUGAAGUAUGAGCUGAUGGGGAAGUUUGAACGGCUGAUUGUGGGCCUAAUGCGACCACUUGCCUAUUUUGAUGCCAAGGAGAUUAAAGAUGCCAUCUCAGGCAUUGGCACAGAUGAGAAAUGCCUCAUUGAGAUCUUGGCUUCCCGGACCAAUGAGCAGAUUCACCAGCUGGUAGCAGCAUACAAAGAUGCCUAUGAGCGGGACCUGGAGUCUGACGUCAUUGGUGACACCUCUGGGCACUUCCAGAAGAUGCUUGUGGUCCUGCUGCAGGGAACCAGGGAGGAGGACGAUGUAGUGAGCGAGGACCUGGUACAACAGGAUGUCCAGGACCUGUAUGAGGCAGGGGAACUGAAAUGGGGAACAGAUGAAGCCCAGUUCAUUUACAUCUUGGGAAAUCGCAGCAAGCAGCAUCUUCGGUUGGUGUUUGAUGAGUACCUGAAGAAGACGGGAAAGCCGAUCGAAGCCAGUAUCCGAGGCGAGCUGUCCGGGGACUUUGAGAAGCUAAUGCUGGCUGUGGUGAAAUGCAUCCGGAGCACCUCAGAGUAUUUUGCUGAAAGGCUCUUCAAGGCCAUGAAGGGCCUGGGGACUCGGGACAACACCCUGAUCCGCAUCAUGGUCUCCCGGAGCGAGCUGGACAUGCUUGACAUCCGUGAGAUCUUCCGGACCAAGUAUGAGAAGUCUCUCUACAGCAUGAUCAAGAACGACACCUCUGGCGAGUACAAGAAGGCUUUGCUGAAGCUGUGUGGUGGAGAUGAUGAUGCUGCUGGCCAGUUCUUCCCGGAGGCAGCGCAGGUGGCCUAUCAGAUGUGGGAGCUUAGUGCAGUGUCGCGAGUAGAGCUGAAGGGAACAGUGCGCCCAGCCAAUGACUUCAACCCUGAUGCAGAUGCCAAAGCGCUGCGGAAAGCUAUGAAGGGACUUGGAACUGAUGAAGGUACCAUCAUUGAUAUCAUCACACGCCGCAGCAAUGCCCAGCGGCAGCAGAUCCGGCAGACCUUCAAAUCUCACUUUGGCCGGGACUUAAUGGCUGACCUGAAGUCUGAGCUCUCUGGAGAUCUGGCGAGGCUGAUUCUGGGGCUCAUGAUGUCACCGGCCCACUAUGAUGCCAAGCAGUUGAAGAAGGCCAUGGAGGGAGCUGGCACAGAUGAAAAGGCUCUUAUCGAAAUCCUGGCCACUCGGACCAAUGCCGAAAUCCGGGCCAUCAAUGAGGCCUAUAAAGAGGACUAUCACAAGUCCCUGGAGGAUGCUCUGAGCUCAGACACAUCUGGCCACUUCAGGCGAAUCCUCAUUUCUCUAGCCACAGGGAACCGUGAAGAGGGAGGAGAAGACCGGGACCAGGCCCGGGAAGAUGCCCAGGUGGCUGCUGAGAUCUUGGAGAUAGCAGACACACCUAGUGGAGACAAAACUUCCUUGGAGACGCGUUUCAUGACGGUUCUGUGCACCCGCAGCUACCCUCACCUCCGGAGAGUUUUCCAGGAGUUCAUCAAGAUGACCAACUAUGAUAUAGAACACACCAUCAAGAAGGAGAUGUCUGGGGACGUCAAGAAUGCAUUUGUGGCCAUUGUUCAAAGUGUCAAGAAUAAGCCUCUCUUCUUUGCUGACAAACUUUACAAGUCCAUGAAGGGUACUGGCACAGAUGAGAAGACCCUCACCAGGAUCAUGAUCUCCCGGAGUGAGACUGACCUGCUCAAUAUCCGGCGGGAAUUCGUUGAGAAAUAUGACAUGUCUCUCCACCAAGCCAUUGAGGGUGAUACCUCUGGAGACUUCCUGAAGGCGUUGUUGGUUCUCUGUGGCGGUGAGGACUAGGGCCGCCAGCUGUGACAGGCACCGAGAAAUAGUCAGCAGCCACCAUGGCCAAGCUCGAAUGUUCCAGUUCCAAAGACUGAGGAAGGGGCAGGGUGGGGGGAGGGUUAGGGUUGGGCUCUUGUCUUCAACCAGGGCUUAGGAAAGUCUCCCCCUCCCACAGGCCACUGAAGGCCCUGCACAGUCCUUCCUGCUUGUAGCCAAGUGGCUGAAGAACUGCAGCCAUUCACCGUCCACCUCUUGUCCACCUCCACCCCCCUCUGACACUUAAGCCUUUCCCAGCUUCCUUCCCUUGCCAUAGCCUGUGCCCUAGUUCGCCAAAACCAAAAACAUACUGAGUCUCUGUCA